AUGGAUCGCGAGCUGCAAACUAUCGAGGAACGCUGGAUGGAACGUACUCGAAACACCAUGCAAGAGCGUGAUGCACUUCUACAAAAACUGCCAGCAACUCGAAGAGCAAGGGCUGUGGCCUAUCGACUUGAAGUGGAAGAAUCGCGAAAUCGAAUGAAAAGUCAGCUGGAGAGCGUUCAACGGGACUAUGAAGAGACGAUGGCUGAAAGGAGUAGUGUACUGGAAGAGAACACUCGUAUGGGAGAAGAACGUGAUCGACUCAAACAGACUGUUCAUGCACUUUCACGAACUUUGAAUGAGCUACGUGCACGAUGCGGAAUAUGCGUAAGAAACUGCCUCAGCAAAGGAGAGAAGCGAACAGAGGCAUUGGAAAAGUUGGAAAGGCUGAGGGUUGAAUGCGCAAGAUUAGCCGAAGAACGCGAUGCAGCAGUACGAGAAGCGAGAGCGGCUGAUGCCGGACGAAGAAAGCGAACGCUCGCUCGCUCGAGAAGAUUGCGCAUGACGCCUUAUCCAAAGCCGAACCUGGGAAUAGUGCUCAGUGGGGGUAGAACUGAUGACCGUUGCUCAAUUCCUGCUCCUAUCUACGUCAAAGACGUCCUCAUCGGUUCACCUUUGGAGAACAUGCUGAAACGGCUUGACCACAUUCUAAUGGUCAACGACAUCGAUGUGAUGGAAAUGGAUCAACGAAGUGUCAUAGACAUUCUCAAGAACAGUCAUCACCUGAAAAUGCUGAUUCGGCGACGUGCUAACGCUUCAAGUAUUCAUGAGGUCACCUUCACCUCCAAUCAUGAUAUCGGAAUCGAGUUGGGUAACGGUGUGUUCGUGAAUGCGGUCAAUGCGGGUGGUUUGGCGAGUCGUGUGGGUGUCGAGCCUGGCCAUCGUAUCGUGCAUGUCAACAAUGUGCCUGUGUACGAUGCCAAGCAUGCGGAACAACUCAUAAGAUGUGGCAGUGGACAAGUUGUUGUGGGCCUGCUGGACGGUAAGAAACGUCCUGAUCCCUAUGCAAAGGAUCAACCGUCUAAGCAGAAAGUGACACUGUUUUCUAAGAUCUUUGGCCGGCAGUCGGUGGAUAAGCCCAGAGUAGUUGCCAAGGCCAACAUCGGUAACACCGCGGGAGAGCCAGCGUUCCUCCGACAGGGAUCGCUGCGAAUUCCCUCUCAGCAGCAUGUCUCACCAGAAUUAGUCCGCUACGGAUCGCUGAGAGCUCCACAAGGAAGUGCGGAACAUGCGAAGAUUGUCGAGCAGUUGGAUCAUUUCCUCAACAAGAAUCACAGCUUACGUUCGUCAGUGAUAUGUGAAGCGACGGGUAGCACCUGGCCGAAGUCCAUACCAUUUGAGGAGCAUCCUGCCGGCAUGGCUCCACGACGACGCCUUCAUCGACCAUCAGUGUUCCCCGUAUUCGCUCCCCAAAACCAUGGGGGCCCCAGACUGAUCCGACAACCAUCUGAAGUAUCGUCUACUCGAUGCGGUUGUUCAUCACCGUCAUCGGCAUGGUCGCCACGCUCCACACGGGACUCUUACACAUCGGAUGGGCGACUUCCCGAGAACAGAUUGAUCAAAUCUCCUGCUCCCACGACCGCAUCGUUCACCCAUGCUCACAGAGUUUCAGCUUACAGGUAA